AUGGCCAGUAGGGGAGGACAGAGGUGGGGGCUGGAUCUGGGCCAGAGAGAUCCCGGCUGGGGCUGCUAUAAAAAGAGCAAGUGGCUGCUUCUCACCUCUCUGCCCAUCGUGGAGCCUGUGGCGCUGGACUUGGUGCUGCUGGCCGACAUCCUUGCCACUGGCAGAUCUUUGCACUGGCGAGGUCUCGACCUCGUCAAGGAAGUGGUGCUGGACAUGGCCCCCUCCGUGGAUGACCAGUAGCGGGGCUGCAGCCGCAUGACGGAGGAGGAGCUGCAGGAGCUCAUCCGCACUGAGUUUGCCAACAGCAUCUACACAGAGGCCUGGACCCUUGCCACCACCAAAUGUGGGGAACACCUGGGUGCCUUCCACUUCAAGACGCUGCAUUUCCUCCUGAGGGAGGCCCUGCAUGCCCUGCGGGAUGCCCGGCCCUGCCACUGCCACCACAUCUGCUGGGGCAUCCCGGGCAUCCGCUUCACCAUCCAGCACCACCAGUCUAUCUGCUUCAGCCACUUCACCUCCACCUCACUCUGGAACGAAAGAACCCUGUCCUUCGGCCGGAAUACAUUCUUCUCAGUGGAGAUUUGCUAUGGCACCAUCAGGGACUUCUCCUUCCUCCUCGAGGAGGAGGAGUUACUCAUAGAAUCAUAA